AUGAAUAUUUUUGAAAUACAAUCGUAAAAAUGAAAUAAAACAGUGCUUUUUGUGAAAAAAGUAAAGUAUUCAUCAGAAAAGUGUACGUAAUAUAAAAGGUUCGACGAUGCUAGAGUAAGUUGCCGGUAAGUCAUGUCAGAGGAACAUGACGCCAAGUGUGCGCAAAGUGAACGAACCGAGAAAAUCGUGUGUACGGAAAGAACUUGUGAAUGUGUUGUAGAAGAUAGAGAUGAAAAUGAAGAAGCGUGUGCCAAUGAUGUAGAAAGUGCCAUAAAUAAUGAGAGUCUGAGUAACGAGGUAGACGAAAAGAAGGGUCAGUCUAGAAAAUAUGAGAAAGGAUCAAUCCUCUGGACGAAGGAGGUUUCGAAGCUCCGCGUAUCAUGGAAUCUGGCGGAAGGAACAGCGACGACGAAAGACUACGUGGCGAUAUGUUACACAGAGAUCCCGAGCAUCGCCGGCAUCGUCAGGCUCGUGCCGGCGACCGGAUGCGACACUGGCCAUAUAAUGUGGCUGCUUGAUGAGCCUAAUCAACCAUACGAAGAUUGUGAACAGCUACUCUGCUUUCGCUACUACAAUGGCGAAGAAGACGAAUGCCUUGCUGAGUCUUCGUCACUCCCACCUCGUUUUAAAGUCGAUCUCAAAAAAUUACCUUUGCGACUUAAAGAGGGCAUCUCAAGAAAGAGAAGUGGUGACCAGGUGUCACCUUUCUCUUACCACAAUGAGAGUUUUGAAAUGAACUCUGAAAGUACGCCGCGAGUCGAACUCGUCAGCACGAGCCAGGACAUCAAGCAUCUUAGCGACAACGUCAAUAAAUGCUCAAUUAGCGCUUUAGAAAACAAUGGGAAUUUGAAUCUCGAACAAACAAAAUGUGAUCAUAGCAAAACUAUAGUUAGUAACAGUAUUGAAUCUCAUUCUGUAAAUAGUGAAUCUCGAAACCUGCUUGAAUGUAAGCCGACGUCUUCAGGUGUUAAAAAGAAAUGCCCACCGCCUGUGGAUACUGGUGGUGGACAAGCGUUAAAUGGUGUAAAGAAAAAAACAAAUAUGAAUAGCGGAUUUGAAUCUCCUACAUCACCUGAUACUGAAUAUUAUAAGAUUUGGUCUCCACAGAAUCCAUGUAAAAUAAUGAAAUUUGUAUAUGAUGUCGAAGGUGCUAAUGUGCCAAAUGAUGCUCAAAAAUCUCCAGUACCGCCACUGCCGCCUAGACAAUCACAUAAACCUUUAGAAAGAAUGCACGCUUUACCUCCCAUUGUACAGAGGCAUCGCAAGCCAAAAAAAUUGACAAAGCCUGAAGAUGCUUUUACUUUUGAACUUAUAGAUACUGACGAACAAUUCUUCACUGAUAAUAAUAUUGCAAACUCUGCCGCGCUGCAAGGAAAUCUUAAUGAUUUUAGGCCUGGAGAGUUUUAUAACGGUGCUCAGGCACCACCAAUAUCUUCAACUGCUAGCUUUUUACGAGAAUAUCCACAAGUUGCUCCCCUAGCGACUCCUGAGACCGAUGGCAGCUUAUGUGAAUCAGUCUCUAUGAAAAUAACUAAAUUAGUUGAUGAUAAGAAAACAAAUGAUGUACCUGAUAGUGCGCAAAGCGUAAAUAAGAAUAAUGUAAUGUAUAUUAAAGAUAUAGGUCCAGACAAUUAUAUUACAACAACGUUUGCAAGAAAAGAUAAGAAUGAAGUGGAAAGCUUCAAUUCAACGCCAAACCAUGCAAAGUCUCAAGAAAAAGCUCAACAUACGUUUCUUAAUGAUAUUAGUAACCAUCAAGACUUUGAAGAUGAUAACAGAAAUCAAGUUGAGGAGAAAGAAAUAACAGUUCUGAAGAGCCAUAAACCACUUACUAGGCAAAGUUCGGGACGAGCUACACCGACUAUGAUGACUGCAUUCUUAAAUUCCUCACAUAUUGACGGCCCAAGCAAAGUUGAGGAACGAGAUGGAAAUAAUAGUCCUAAUGAUCCAAGUUCCUGCAAUUCUUCGCAUUCUACUUCACCUGUAGAUGAAAACAAUAAGAUAAAUGUUGGCUCUAUAUUAAUGAAUCGGAAAUAUUCAUGUGACAGUUCUACUCCAAAACAUUCAAGCUUACCUCGACAUUUGCUAAAGAAUCUUGGAUGCGAAAGCACUCCAAAACAUUCACCGAAUAAAGCAAAUAUUUCUAAAGACACUCCAGAUAGUCCAAUGAGACCGCACCCAAGGGUAUUGACUCGGGUUGCGGCUUUAGCUGGUACAGCAGUCCCGCAGUGUCCGCCAACACCUACACAUCACGCACGCAGGCCUAGACCAAUGCCACCUCCUGACUUACAUCCUCCGCCAAUACAAAAUUCAGAGAACUUCGAAAUGGUUGAAUUUACAAAUGAAUUGAGAACAUCAGAGAUAAGAUCUCCGAACCUAGAAUUUGUGAAUAGUAAUCAUUUCACGAUAGUUCAUGCUGGACCACCAGACGAUGUCGUACUAAGAAGGCCGCAACCAGUGGACGAUGGUGAUGACAACGAUAACGCUGUUGCUUCACCAACGCCUUUAAGGCAUAUGGCGGGCAUAAGAUUACCUUCAAUACCAGAGAGAGCAUCAAGACAAAUGGCUUUAACCGGAGAUUUUCCUGCCAAUAUGAUUGGAGGGAUAAUCGAAUGCGAAGAGCCUUUGCCACCUGGUUGGGAAGCGCGUAUGGAUAGUCAUGGUCGCGUAUUCUAUAUUGACCACAUUAAUAGGACGACGACAUGGCAGCGGCCUGCAGCUAAUGGAUGUGCACCGAGGUCGCCCGCUCCCGAAGUACAAAGAAGACAGUUAGAUAGAAGAUACCAAUCAAUCCGUCGAACAAUGACUCGGAGCCAGCUGGGCGAGGAGGAGCGCGGCGCCAGCUCGUCGCCGCCGCCCGCCGCCGGCACGUCGCGCCCGCUCGACUCGCAAGCGCCGCACGCGCCGCAUCCCGCCGCGGAGUUCCUCGCGAGACCGGACUUCUAUUCCAUUCUGCAUAUGAACUUGGAAGCUUCAUCGCUGUACAACUGUAACUCGACACUCAAACAUAUGAUAUCAAAGAUCCGCCGUGACACGUCAUCCUUUGAGCGCUAUCAACACAACCGGGAUUUGGUAGCGCUCGUCAAUAUGUUCAGCGAGAACGAACGGGACCUGCCUCUGGGAUGGGACUCGAAGCUAGAUCGAAACGGAAAGCGUUUCUUUGUGGACCACGUGAUGCGUCGCACGACGUUCAUCGACCCGCGCCUGCCGCGCGCGCCGCAGGCCGGCCCCUUCUCCCCGCUCCUGCCCCCGCGGAGACGGCCCAUAAUGCCCGACCAGGCGCCGACACCUCCGCCGCGGCCACCCAUAACUUCGUUGGAUGUGUUUCCUCACCACAUACAGCAAGAGAUACCCGUUGCCUAUAACGAUAAGGUGAUAGCCUUCCUCCGGCAGCCGAACAUCCUGUCGAUCCUGAAGGAGCGCUGCGGCGGCUGCGGCGCGGCGCUGCGCGACAAGGUCAACGCCGUGCGCGUGGACGGCGCGCCCGCACUCGCGCGCUACCAGAACGACGUGCAGCUCACCUGCCUGCUCAGCCUGUUCGAACAGGAGAUUAUGAGCUACGUGCCGGCGUCAGGGUGUGCAACAGCUGAACCUUCGCCUGCGGCGUCGCCGGCCGCCACGCGGAGCACUCGUGCGCCUGCGCCUCAACGGCGGGACUUCGAAGCUAAAUUACGAGCUUUCUACAGGAAGCUGGAAAGCAAAGGCUAUGGGCAGGGCCCAGGGAAAUUAAAAUUACAUAUACGUCGUGAUCAUCUUUUAGAGGACGCAUUUAGACGUAUCAUGUCCUGCAGCAAGAAGGAGUUGCAGAAAGGCAAACUGUGCGUCCUUUGGGACGGAGAGGAAGGCUUAGACUAUGGAGGACCCAGUAGAGAAUUCUUCUUCCUCCUGUCGAGGGAACUGUUCAACCCAUACUAUGGAUUGUUCGAGUACUCCGCCAACGAUACUUACACGGUGCACGUGUCCCCGAUGUCGGCGUUUGUUGACAACCAUCAUGAAUGGUUCCGCUUUUCUGGACGCGUGCUUGGCCUGGCUCUCGUGCACGGCUACCUUCUUGAAGCGUGGUUCACACGUGCUUUGUACCGCGCUCUACUACGUCUCCCGCCCGCUUUGGAAGAUGUAGACGCUUUGGACGCGCAGUUUGCCGCUUCACUGAGAUGGUUACAGUCGGCGCGCUGCGUGUCGUCGCUGGAGCUGACGUUCGCGGUGUCGGAGCGGCUGGCGGACGGGCGCGUGCUGGAGCGCGAGCUGAAGGCGGGCGGGCGCGACGUGCCCGUCACGGAGCGCAACAAGAAGGAGUACCUCGAGAAGCUCGUGCGCUGGCGCGUCGAGCGCGGCGUGGCCGAGCAGAGCGAGUGGCUCGUGCGCGGCUUCCACGAGGUUGUGGACCCUCGGCUGGUGGGCGCGUUCGACGCGCGGGAGCUGGAGCUGGUGAUCGCGGGCGCGCCCGAGCUGGACGUGUCGGACUGGCGCAACAACACGGAGUACCGCGGCGGGUACCACGACACGCAUCCCGUCAUACUCUGCUUCUGGCAGGCCAUCGACAGAUUUACGAACGAGCAGCGUCUGCGCCUCGUUCAGUUUGUUACCGGCACGUCAUCGAUACCCUACGAGGGCUUCUCAGCUUUGCGUGGUUCCACGGGCCCCCGACGCUUCUGCAUCGAACGUUGGGGCCGCAUCGAGUCUCUCCCGAGGGCCCACACUUGUUUCAACCGACUGGACCUGCCUCCCUACCCGACGCUUCAGCUCCUUCACGAGAAACUGCUCCUCGCUGUCGAAGAAACCAAUACCUUUGGAAUAGAGUGAACCGUCGUUUCGGUAGUGUCUAGAGGGUGUCGUAGAAAAGGGAGCUGUCAAUAAAUCUAAUCAAAUUAAUAUAAAUGUCGAUGUCGAUUGUAAUCCCAUUAGUGGCUGUAAAUUGUCAGUGACUUGUUGUCAAUGUAAAUAAUAGUCAAUUGAUUGUAUAGUUGAGGAACAAACGGAGAUAGUGUUAUACCUAUUUGCUAUAUGUACGUAGUAUGUAGGUGUGCCAGACAUGUAACAAUAAAGCUAGCCACGUAUGUAUCGAGGUUUGUACUUUAUAAACGCUUUUAUUGUAAGUGAAGUAUAUUGUGGCUGUGAAUCGGGGCUCAAGUCCCAUAUUUAGUUAAUACGCUUUACGUCACUAAUUUAUAAUUUUUAUUAACUACCCAGCUUGAACAAAAGUCUUAUUGGUUAUGUUGUCAUUAAUCAUCAUGAUGAUGAUGAUUUAUUUUAAAUUAUUGUAUCAGAUUAAAGAAGCAAUUGUCUCUCAGUGCUCUUUAUUUGGCUAAAACAGAAGCUAUUAAAAUUAAUGAAUAGCACUACCUAGUCAGCUAAUAUAAUUAUAUGCUUAUAAUAAAAAAAACUGCAACAGAAUUCAUAAUAUUGCUUGUUCAUCCCUGUAGUUACUCUUACCUAUUUAUGUAAUUAAUAUAAUAAUUGACAUAUGUGGAUGUCGUGAAUUAUUUUGCUAAUAUUGAUGUUCCUCAGUUAUUUAUAUAAACAUAAAAUUUUAUUAACUUAAUAUG